AUGGGUGUCGCAUCAGACGGUUUCACCAGCCAGUGGGGGGCGAAGAUAGCUGCCCUCAGGGAGUCGAGGAAGCUGGUGCUGGUGAUCGUGGCCAUCGCUCUACUCCUUGACAACAUGCUGCUGACUACCGUCGUACCAAUAAUACCGGAGUUUCUCUACGACAUCCGACACCCAGACGCUCCGCUCUCGAUGUCCCUGGAGGACAUCACGCUAGCCCCUCCCUCCCCCACUCCGUACUGCCCUUGUAUGCAGCCCAACACUAGCAGCAUAAUACAGAACGAUACACAGACACUAAACCUCACAGCACAACGAGAAGAGAGACAUCAGGAGUUGAUCCAUGAGACGGUGGCAGUUGGAGUCAUGUUCGCCAGUAAAGCGCUGGUACAACUCCUCGCCAACCCCUUCGUUGGACCACUAACUCACAAAAUCGGCUAUAGUAUACCAAUGUUCACUGGGUUUAUCCUCAUGUUCCUGUCCACCCUAAUCUUCGCCUUCGGCCGUUCAUAUUCAGUGCUCUUCAUUGCCCGGGCGCUGCAGGGCAUAGGAUCAUCCUGUUCCUCUGUCUCUGGCAUGGGCAUGCUGGCUGAAAGAUACCCUGAUGAUAAGGAACGUGGUAAUGCGAUGGGUAUCGCUCUUGGUGGACUUGCGCUGGGAGUGCUCAUAGGUCCACCGUUUGGAGGUCUCAUGUACGAGUUCGUUGGGAAGACUGCCCCGUUCUUGAUGCUCUCCGCUUUGGCUUUGGGUGAUGGAUUGCUUCAGCUGAUGAUCCUGCAACCAGGAGUGGUUCGUCAGGAGUCGGAGCCACCUUCUCUCAAGGCCCUAGUCUCUGAUCCAUACAUUCUCAUCGCGGCAGGAGCCAUAACCUUUGCGAACGUGGGCAUUGCGAUGCUGGAGCCAAGUCUUCCAAUCUGGAUGGCUGACACUAUGGAAGCUCGACGCUGGCAGCAAGGAGUCGCCUUCUUACCGGCCAGCAUCUGCUAUUUGAUUGGUACGAAUCUGUUUGGACCUCUUGGACAUAAGAUGGGACGAUGGCUGGCUGCUUGCUCUGGCCUUAUCAUCAUUGGAUUGUGUCUUAUCCUGAUCCCCAUGGCUCGCAAACUGGAACACCUGAUUAUUCCCAACGCUGGUCUGGGCUUCGCUAUUGGCAUGGUCGACUCCUCAAUGAUGCCAGAACUUGGAUUUCUGGUGGACAUCCGUCACGCUGCUGUCUACGGAUCUGUAUACGCUAUAGGAGACACUGCUUUCUGUCUAGGAUACGCUGUUGGACCGGCGCUCUCAGGAGCCUUGAUGAACAGCAUCGGCUUCGAAUGGAUGCUGGUCAUCAUAGCAGUGCUCAACUUCGGUUACGCUCCCUGUCUUCUGUUCCUGAGGUCACCACCGGCCAGGGACGAAAAACAGAGCCUAAUAAUAAGCGACAAAUCAUCAGUCCGUUACGUGAGCUACCAGAACGAAGAAGAAGAAUAA